AUGGUGUGGAUGGUUGCUGGAACUCUGGGGAGCAUCGGGGAUGGAUCCAUGACUCCACUUACCAUGUACAUUCUAAGCGAUGUCAUCAACAACUAUGGCGGGUCUCAGUUGAAUGGUUCAAACAAGACCGUCGAGAAGGCAAAAAAACAGUAUGCUUUGAGAUUGCUCUUCCUCGCAAUUCUAGUUGGUGCAUCAGCUUUCUUGGAAGGACUGUGUUGGACAAGAACAUCCGAGAGGCAGACAUCUAGAAUGAGGUUGGAGUACCUUAAAGCAGUGCUGAGACAGGAAGUUGGUUUCUUCGACGGAGAGUCUGCUUCGUGUAGCACUUUCCAAGUCAUCUCUGUCAUUUCUUCUGAUGCUCAUGUAAUCCAGGACACCAUAGCUGAGAAGAUACCAAACUGUCUGGCUCAUCUCACAUCAUUCAUCGCCAGCAUCCUGGUCUCGUUCUUGCUCUCAUGGGAACUGGCUAUAUCAGCCUUGCCAUUCGCCAUCUUGUUUAUUGCCCCUGGACUGGGGUUUGGAAAGCUGCUGGUUAAACUUGCAGGGAAAUCCAAAGAAGCAUAUGAAAUGGGUGGUACGAUUGCUGAGCAAGCAAUCUCAUCGAUCCGGGUCGUCUACUCCUAUGUAGGGGAGGCUCAAACGCUGGGGAGAUUCAGUAACGCACUUCACAGGAGCAUGGAGAUUGGGAUCAAGCAAGGGUUGACUAAAGGGGUUCUGAUUGGAAGCAUGGGGAUGGUAUAUGGAGCUUGGGCUUUCCAAGCUUGGGUUGGAAGUUAUCUGGUCACUGAAAGGGGCCAAAAGGGUGGUGCUGUUUUCGUCUCGGGAGCCUGUUGCUCUUUUGAAUGUUCUUGCGAUUCCAGGUCCAUCAUGAAUGCGCUACCCAAUCUUUCAUUCAUCUCACAGGCAGUUUUGGCUGCUUCAAGGGUCAAUGAAAUGGUCGAUAGGGUCCCAGGUAUAGACUCUGAAGAUGACGAGAAGAAGGUCCUGUCACGUAUUAAAGGGAGCAUUUAUUUCAAGGAUGUUCAUUUCAGCUAUCCAUCUAGACCAGAAUCUCUUGUUCUCCGUGAAUUCAGCCUUCGAAUUCGUCAUGGAGAAACAGUGGCGCUUGUUGGAGGGAGUGGGUCAGGAAAGUCGACUGUCGUUGCUCUGCUGGAGAGGUUCUAUGAUCCUGUCAAAGGCAACAUAUUGCUUGAUGGCCAUGACAUAAAGAAACUUCAUCCUGGAUGGUUGAGAUCCCAAAUGGGGCUGGUAAAUCAAGAGCCAAUUCUGUUUGCAACAACCAUUCAAGAGAACAUUCUGUUCGGCAACGAGGAAGCUUCCACGAAACAUGUUGAAAGAGCUGCCAUGGCUGCAAACAUACAUGACUUCAUCAAGAAGUUACCCAAUGGAUACCAAACACAAGUGGGGCAAUUUGGUUUUCAGUUAUCAGGAGGGCAAAAGCAAAGGAUUGCUAUAGCAAGAGCACUGAUCAGAAAUCCAAAGAUUCUCCUUCUAGAUGAAGCCACAAGUGCAUUGGAUGCAGAAUCUGAAAGGGUGGUCCAAACUGCCCUUGAUAAAGCCUCGGUGGGCAGGACGACAAUCAUUGUUGCUCAUCGCCUGUCAACUGUAAGAAAUGCUGACAUGAUAGUUGUUCUUCAAUCUGGGGAGAUAGUUGAAUCAGGAAGCCAUGACGAACUCGUUGACUUGGACAAUGGGAAAGGAGGAGCUUAUACCAAAAUGUUGAGAUUGCAGCAAUCAGUAGAUAAGAAUUCAGCAGUAGGCCCAAAUGUACCAAACAGAACCCAUCGGAGCCCUAAAUAUCAUCCUCCACAAACUCCCGUUAGUGCUGGAAGAUCUGGAUGUCACGGCAGCCCAUCUUCCUUCAGCCCAGUUUUCUCGAUCAACAUUGAACCUCCACUCCACACACAUUCCUAUCACCAAAAUGACAACAACAGCAAGGCAUCAUCAUCCUCAUCGUCAUCACAGUGGAGGCUGCUGAAAAUGAAUGCUCCAGAAUGGCGGAGAGGGUUUCUUGGCUGCCUAGGAGCUGCCACAGUUGGAGCAAUUCAACCAGCUCAUGCAUAUUGUCUAGGAUCAGUUCUGUCAGUAUACUUCUCUGAAGAAAAUAUAAAGUCAGAGAUCAUAACCUACUGCUUUCUCUUUUUAAGCUUUGCAGUUCUCAGCUUCACUUUCAACAUCAUCCAGCAUUACAACUUCGCAAUCAUGGGUGAGAAAUUGGUGAAAAGGGUACGCGAGAAAAUGGUAGAGAAGAUGUUCACCUUCGAGAUCGAUUGGUUUGAUCAAGAACACAACACAAGUGCUGCCAUUUGUACUCGGCUAGCCAAUGAAGCACAGCUGGUUCGGUCCUUAAUUGGAGAUCGGAUGUCACUUCUGAUUCAGAUCUCCUUCAGUGCUACCAUUGCCUUUAUCGUCAGCCUGAUAGUCACAUGGAGACUAGCAAUUGUCAUUAUCUCAAUACAACCACUAAUCAUUGGAAGUUUCUACUCCAGAAGUGUGCUGAUGAAGACAUUGUCCGCAAAAGCACGUGCAGAACAGCGAGUGGGAAGUCAGUUAGCAAGUGAAUCAAUCAUCAAUCACAGAACUAUAACUGCCUUUUCAUCUCAAAGGAGGAUAUUAACUUUGUUUGCACAAACGAUGGAAGGACCCAAGAAGGAAAUUGUGAAACAAUCAUGGUUUUCAGGUAUUGGGUUAUGUAGUUCACAAUUCCUGACCACAGCAGCUAUGGCUUUAACUUACUGGUACGGAGGGAAGCUGUUGAAUGAAGGAUUGAUAAAGCCUAAACACCUCUUCCAGGCAUUUUUUCUACUGAUGAGUACUGGUAAGAAUAUUGCUGAUGCAGGGAGCAUGAGUUCUGAUAUCGCCAAAGGAGGCAGUGCCAUUAGAUCGGUGUUUGAAAUCCUGGACAGAAAAACUGAGAUAGACCCAGUUGAUCCAAAGGGGAUAAAACUGAGGAAACCAAUCAAUGGCAAAAUUGAGCUUGACAAGAUAUUCUUUACUUACCAAACAAGACCAGAUCAACCAAUCUUCAGAGGGCUAAGCCUGAAGAUUGAAGCCGGGAAGACAAUAGCUCUUGUAGGUCCAAGUGGUUCAGGAAAGUCAACAGUUCUUGCACUUAUCGAAAGAUUUUACGAUCCACAAGGUGGGACCUUACUGAUAGAUGGACGUGACAUCAGGAGCUACAACUUGAGGAAGUUGAGAUCUUACAUUGCAUUAGUGAGCCAAGAACCGACUCUUUUUGCUGGAACAAUCCGCGAUAACAUUGCUCAUGGCAAUGACAGCGCCACAGAAGCUGAGAUCAGAAGGGCUGCAAUCCGGGCCAAUGCUCAUCAGUUCAUCAGCUCCCUAAAACAAGGGUAUGAUACCUACUGUGGAGAGAGAGGAGUACAGCUUUCAGGAGGCCAGAAGCAAAGAAUAGCAUUGGCGCGAGCAAUCCUGAAGGACCCGGCAAUCCUGCUUCUGGAUGAAGCGACAAGUGCACUCGAUAGCAUGUCGGAGAACCUUGUCCAGGAAGCACUGGAAAAGAUGAUGGUUGAAAGGACAUGUGUUGUGGUUGCUCAUAGAUUAGCCACAAUACAGAAGGCAGACACCGUAGCUGUGAUCAACAAAGGCAAAAUUGCAGAAGAAGGUUCACACAGGAAUCUCAUUGCUUUACAUGGUAUAUACUAUUCUUUGGUUAAGACUCAAGGCGGGACUUCUCCUUACAGAUAG